UUACCUGAUUAGAAGACAGUAAACAAGAAGACAGGACCAAAGCCAAGUGGAGGAGUGUUACACAGACAGGUGCAAGAGAGAGAAAAAUUACAAAAAAGAAAGCGAGAAGAAGGUUUAGUAGAAGGAUAGAAGGCACAAGUGGGAAAAAAAUAAAAAUAAAAAUAAAAGAUGGAUUACGGAGAACAUGAAGAUCAGGAAGAGGAGAUAGGGGGAUUACCAGUAUCGGGGGGCUACGAAUCGCUGGGGAUCUCAUCGAGACCCAAAAUGGGAAGCACAGGUGUUGGGGAAACCAUGUCGUCCCGGAGGAAAACAGCGACCAGAUACCGAGAGUGCUUGAAGAACCACGCCGUCAGCAUCGGUGGCCACGCCGUAGACGGAUGUGGAGAGUUCAUGGCUGCAGGAGAGGAAGGGACACUCGACGCCCUAAAAUGUGCAGCCUGUAACUGCCACCGCAACUUCCACCGCAAAGAGACUGACGGUGGAGGGGUUUACCAUCCCCAAUUCAACCCCUAUUACCGUACGCCGACGGGAUACCUGUCGGUGGCCCAUCACCAUCGGCCGCUGGCUCUGCCAUCGACGUCCGGAGGAGGAGGAGGAGGGCACAGCAGGGAUGACCAAGAGGACAUGUCAAAUCCCAGCGGUGGAAGCGGUGGUGGUGGGGGCGGCACGAAGAAACGUUUCAGAACGAAGUUCACGCCGGAGCAGAAGGAUAAGAUGCUAGCCUUCGCGGAGAAGCUAGGGUGGAGGAUUCAGAAGCACGACGACGCCGCCGUGCAGCAGUUUUGUAACGAGACUUGUGUCAGGCGCAACGUGCUCAAGGUUUGGAUGCACAACAACAAGCACACUCU